AUGCUAGCACUUCAAACCUUUCAGUCCAACUCACAAUUUGGAAAGAUGAAAGCAUACGAAAAGUUGGAACAACUCGGAGAAGGUUCAUAUGCAACUGUCUACAAGGGAAUAAGUCUAUUGACAAACAAAGUCGUAGCUUUGAAAGAAAUUCGCUUGCAGUCAGAAGAAGGAACGCCGUUCACAGCUAUACGUGAAGCGUCUCUUCUGAAAGGACUGAAGCACGCCAACAUAGUGACGCUACAUGACAUCAUUCACACCAAAGAAUCUCUAACUUUCGUCUUUGAAUAUUUGAAUACAGAUCUUGGACAGUACCUGGAAAAGUAUCCCGGUGGCAUUAAUCCGAAGAAUGUCAAGUUGUUCAUGUUUCAACUAUUGAGAGGUUUGCACUUCUGCCACAAAAGAUACAUCUUGCAUAGAGAUUUGAAGCCACAGAAUUUAUUGAUAAGCGAAAUUGGUGAAUUGAAGUUGGCUGAUUUUGGGCUUGCCAGGGCUAAAUCAGUCCCCAGCCACACGUACUCAAACGAAGUUGUCACCCUGUGGUACAGACCUCCUGAUGUUUUACUGGGCUCUACCGACUACACAACAUCUCUUGACAUGUGGGGUGUGGGCUGCAUUUUUAUUGAAAUGAUCACGGGCUCUGCUAUAUUUCCCGGUAUGAAAGACAACUUUGACCAACUGGACCACAUCUGGAAGGUAGUGCUUGGAACGGCCACUGAGAGCGUUUGGGAAGGUGUGACUAACAUGCCAAACUAUAAUUUAGAAAAAUUUGCUAUGUACCCAAUGAAGAAGCUUAUAAAAUCCGUUCCGAAGUUAUCAAGCAUACCGUAUUCUGAACAGCUGGCUGAACAGUUGUUGCAGCUCGAGCCAAAGAAGCGUAUCGAUUCCUACAACUCUCUCCACAAUAAAUAUUUUUAUGACAUGCCCACCAAACUGUACCAUCUAUCCGAUGGUGAGGAUGACGACAAUGGUGAUGGUGAUGAUGAUGGUGUUGAUGAUGGUGAUGAUGAUGGUGGUGGUGAUGAUGGUGAUGAUGGUAGUGAUGAUGAUGGUGAUGAUGAUGGUGAUGGUGAUGAUGAUGAGUAG